GGAAACGAAAGGACCUUCUCGGAAUUCUGGCCAUUUUUUUAACAGCAGCUCUCCCGCCACCCACCCACCCGUUCUGAUUACCAGAUCUCAAAUACCUCUCUCUCUCUCUCUCUCUCUCUCUCACCAAAUGACUCUCAGACUUUUCCCAAAGAUAUCAAAAUUCCCCACAUGGGCCACAUCCGUGAUCGCCGCCUUCGCAAUGCCGCUUAUCACCCUCGUCCUUGCUGUCGCUGCUGCCGGCCCACCACCUUCGAGCUGCACCCAGGAGCUUGUUCUUUUCUCCCCAUGCUUGCCCUACAUCUCGUCUCCGCCAAACAACCUCUCUGGCACGCCCUCCGACAACUGUUGCAACACCUUAUCAUCGUCCUUAAACUCUAGCAACAAUGGAAUUUGCCUCUGCUACCUUGUCCGGGAGUCAUCCAUUCUGGGGUUUCCAGUCAAUGGCACCAGGGUGCUCUCUCUACCUUUGGUCUGUCCGCUAACCAGCGAGGACAGUUCGAACAGGACUGGAUCUUUGGAGUCACUUUGCUCAGCGUCACCGGUAUUGCCUCCUCUCCGGAGCCCAACAAGUUCAGGGCAUACAAAUCCUUCCGGUUCAGAUGCUGAUAAUGUUACAUCUCCACUGGAGCCUGGGAAGAAUUCAUCCGCAACACCGAGCUCACCACCCGAGUUUGCUGAGGCAACACCCCUAGCAAGGAACUCUUCAGCUGUAGAACCGGAUACAAUUUCAUCAGCCACAGAACCACUCUCCAGCGGCUACAGCUGGUUUCCAUCUGGUGUACUAAUUUCCCUUGUUCAUACCUCUACUCAUCUAUACUCAUCGUACAUCUUAUGUUUAGCUUUGCCCACAUACUGGCAUUAAACGGAUUGUAGGCAAAAGUUCGUGUAGUUGCUUAUACCCAAUACCCAGGUCAUCAAGCUAGUUAGCAUAAGUACUUUCACUCCUUAAAUGUACAUCAACAAUUGAUAUGAGAUAUUCCAGCUCUAUCUUUAGAUAUACUGGUGGAAUUUUAGCCACAAAAAUUUUUGUCUUUCAGAAUCAAUACAAGCAAUAAUAUGUUGGUCCACCUA